AUGCCGAAAGCGCACAACUCGGAUUCCCAACGUCGAGCACGCGCCGUGUGUACGCGCUGUCACAGUCGCAAGCUUGAUGUUCUCAAAGCCAACCCAAACAGUCCCCAUAUUGGACCUCGGAAACAAAAGGCUCUUCGCCAGUCUUUAGGAACAUCGCUUGAUGUGGCUUCAUCCCCUGAUAGAUCGGCCUUAACUGUAACAGAUCAAGCUACACCUUCUCCAUAUGUCUUACAUGAACAUCCACACAAUUGCCAUUCAAUUCCUUGGAAGACGAAAGACAAGCCCUGGGAGAACCAGCCGAAUUUCAUCCACGGCAGCGAUGUCAUUCUCGAAGCUAGUCAUGCAACCCGUCUUCCGCCACUGGCAAUGACGCAGGCAUUGAAAGACUUCUAUUUCAAGGAGCUAUUUCCCCUGGUCCCAGUAUUAGACCGUCAACAGACAGACACGGAUGAUUCUAUCUUGCUACAGCAAUGUGUGUGCUUUGCAGGAAGUACUAUGCGCCAAUCAACCGAGCCAGCCGAAUGGUCUCCCACUGCUAUCUACGGUCGCAUCAAGACAUUACUCUUCUUACGCCAUGACCCUGACCCCUUCAACAUGCUCGCUGCUCUUUGCAUUCUGGGAACCUGGCUUCCGUACUCGGCAGAUGCUAUAGUCCUGGAUAGUCCUUGGCAAUGGACGGGCAUGGCAAUCCGACUGGCGCUCCAGUUGCACCUACAUGAAGAAGAAUCGUAUCGGCACCUCCCAAAGCCCAAGACAGCCAUCAGAAUCUGGUGGUAUCUCUUCAACAACGAUACACUGCAAAUGGCUUGCACCGGAUGUCCCGGCAUGUUUCCGAUAGACGGGAGUAGUAUCCCGUUGCCCGAGCCGAGUGAUUUCGAUACGCCUGACACCGAGGCCCACGUUUUUUGCGCGCUUGUCUCCCUUUGCAAAUUGCUUCGGAAGAUUUUGGAACUCGGUCGAUCUGACAAAACCUCGAGAGAAGAAGUGCAGUCGGCACUUGACAAGCUGAUUCAAUGGAGAGAUCGAUUACCCGACGAUUUGCAAUUAUUCGACGAAAGCCGAACAUCUCGACGACCUUAUAACCGUCUGGUCCUGGAGCUACAUAUUUUCUAUUUGGUAACCGCCAUUUUGACGUUCUUCCUUGGCCGACGCGACAAUCCUUCACUAUUCAAAUACGCAUCCAUGGCGGCUUCCUCCUGCAUCUCUCAGCUCUAUGAAGAGAUUCUCUUCCAUGAAGAUGCUACGUAUCUGCUUCCAAUUCACUCGUGGGCAAAUUUGGUUGCUGCUAUCCCUCGCACCUUUAGUGAUUGUGAAUUGCUCAAUCCAGCGCAUGCCGAAGAGCUGAGAAUCAGUCGACAGGUGCUUGGAAAGAUAGGCGAGAAACAUACAUCAGCUGCUCUGGUUCAGAAUCGGAUAGCUGCUCUCAGUGGAUCGGCGACAGCGUGGGAUUCUCCGCCCAUAUCUCUCCCAGAGCAGGACAGACAGUAUCUUACUACCUGGUUUCAUUUUCCAAGCGACUUUUGCCCCAUGUUGAAUCAUCUCUACUCAGCCUCUGUUCCAAAUCAUGACCGACUUGACUCCUUUACUGUGGAAAAUGCAGUCGAUGAAUGGGCAAUCGAUUGGGCCUCGUUCAUUUUUGAUGGCAGCAUGGGGGUCUAG